UUGGUUGAAGCACGCACUGAAAAAAAUGAGUGCCCCAAAUGAGAAGGAGGUAGGCACAGUAUGAUCAUAUAAAUCAAUUGACUAUUACAAGUUACAUACUUCAACGUCCAUUGAAAUUAUCAGAUAAUCUAUUAAUCAUUUAAUAGAAUACAUAAUCUAAGCCAUACGACCAAUCAGAGAAGUUUGUCAAGCAGUAUCUUGUGAUUUUUUCAGAUAGUUCAAAGACCGUAAAUCAAUCAGUUAAUCUAAUCAAUCGAUCAAGUAAUUAAUUAAUUAAUUAAUUAAUCAAUCAAUCAAUUAGUUUGAGAAUAUUCAUAUCACCAUAAUAGAUUAAUAACUUCACAGAAUGUCUUCAUCAGUUCCUUACGAUCCAUAUAUUCCUAACCAAACUACUGGUGAUCAGUCUCAAUCCAGACAAGCCGCCAUUCAAGCUCAAAUUGAUGACACAGUUGGAAUUAUGAGAGAUAAUAUCAAUAAAGUAGCUGAAAGAGGUGAAAGAUUGGAUACUAUAGAAAACAAAGCAGGUGAUUUACAAAUGGGAGCUCAAGGGUUUAAAAGAGGUGCCAAUAGAGUUAGAAAAGAUAUGUGGUGGAAAGAUUUUAAAAUGAGAUUAUGUCUUAUAUUGGGAGUAAUUAUUCUUUUGGUGGUGAUCAUUGUACCAAUUGCUGUUCAUUUUAGUUAAGUGUCAUCAUUAAUAUAAGUUUGCAUUUUGUUUGUAAAUCUUAGCAAUUCAUUAAUUAAUUCUUCUUUUAAUUCUUAUUAUUUUUCAUGAUCAAAGCUCCUUUUAAUUAUAUCUUGUGUUCGAUUAUAUAGCUAGUAUACUUGAAUGUAUAUGUAUACGAAUAUUUCUAUGAAGGGUAGUAUAAUUAUUUUACGAUAUGAUAUCUUAUUUCAGCUGAUCUCUUCGAUCUAGCUGAUCUUAUCUUAUUUUGAUUUAUUAUGUAGUGAAUCAUUUCCUAUAUAUAGAUCCAACACAUGAAUGCAAUUAUUAA